AUGCAGCCCACAAUGUCUUACAUGAGAUUGGCCAUCAUCUCCAUUUCAUUCACAACAUUCUCCAUUUUAUGUGAUGCAAGAAUUUUUGCACAAUUCUUAAAAUCUCAAGACACAGAAUUAGAGAAGAAGCUGAAAGCAAUAAAUCACUUGGAGUUAGACUUACCAUUGCCUUCCUCAAAUGUUAAGCCACUAGAGGUAAGCCCUCCCUUCUCUUUCCCACCCUUUGAUUCACUGGCACCACUUCCCUUGCCUGGAAAUGUCCCUCUUUCUCCUAACUGUGCAAAUCCACCAUUUUCCCAAAACCCACCUCAACCAAAUACUCCUUCAUCUUCCUCCUCCCCUUCAUCAUCUGCACCCACUUGCUCACCCAUCCCAAAACCACCACCUGCAAAUGAGCCCACCCCUCACCCACCUGGCCCACCCACCACAAUUCCAAGCCCACCCAAAAAUCCUCCAUCCCCACCCAAGCCUGUCCCAGGCCCACCAGCCUUGGCCCCACCUGUAGCUUACCCUCCACCAUCAGGACCCACAAGCCCUCCACAGAAAAAGCCACCACAGUCUGGGGCGGUGUGGUGUGUGGCCAAGCCCGCAGUGCCUGGCCCAAUAGUCCAAGAGGCCCUGGACUACGCGUGUGGGUCUGGUGCAGACUGCAAGUCAAUCCAGCCCAAUGGGUCCUGCUAUAAGCCAGACACAUUGUUGUCCCAUGCUUCGUACGCCUUCAACAGCUACUGGCAGAGCACCAGGGCUGCUGGUGGCACUUGUGAUUUUGGAGGGACUGCCAUGAUUGUUACAGUUGAUCCAACAUUGGAUACAGAACACGCAUGCUAUAUAGAUAUGAUCUGA